ACCCUCAUUGUCUACAUGAUUUUUGCUUUUCUGCACUUGGUUUUGCAGCAAGCUCUGACUCUGGUUUUUGUGGAGACGAAGAAAGGAGCUGAUUCACUGGAACAUUGGCUGUGUAUGAAUGGGUUUCCUGCUACUACCAUUCAUGGUGACAGAACACAGCAGGAAAGAGAAUAUGCCUUGAGGUCCUUCAAAAGUGGCAACACUCCAAUUUUGGUCGCAACAGAUGUGGCAGCGCGUGGUCUUGAUAUCCCUCAUGUUGCACAUGUGGUCAAUUUUGACCUUCCGAAUGAUAUUGACGAUUAUGUCCAUCGAAUAGGGCGGACAGGGCGAGCUGGGAAGUCAGGGUUGGCUACUGCAUUCUUUAAUGAGAACAAUGCUUCAUUGGCGAGGCCACUAGCUGAUUUAAUGCAAGAAUCAAAUCAAGAAGUACCUGCUUGGCUUUCACGCUUUGCAGCUCGAUCUUCCUAUGGUGGUGGAAAGAAUCGUCGAUCUGGGGGAGGACGGUUUGGGGGUCGUGACUUUCGAAGAGACUCUUCUUUCAAUAGGGGCGGUGCGGAUUACUAUGGCGGCGGAGGAGGCACUGGUUAUGGGGCUUCAGGGGGUGGGUACAGUGGAGGAGGGUAUGGUCCUGGGGCGACCAGUGCGUGGGACUAAUAUCCCAUUUUUUUGCCUCACUUGGUUUCAUCUUCAAGACAUCAUGUUUCUUGUUGUGGCAGCAAGCUUCACUUAUUUUAUAGGAUGCAUAUUUUUUUUUUUUUGUUUCUUCUCAUUUUUGCCAUUGUGUCUGAUAUUUGAAGUUCCCCCCUUGGCUUUGUAAUCCUAGACUAGAAUUUUUCUAAUGUUAUGGAGAGGGGGAGUUGAAUGUUUUGGUUUUGGCACCAAGAGGAUACGAGGUUUGUAAUGUUGGCUAGUGGUGGUGAAUAACUACCAACAGUUUAGGGUUUACUUUUGUUUUUCUACUUUUCAUUGUUGAUGAUAUCUGUUGGGGAAAAAAAAUACUAUAUACAUUAUAACAGAUUUGUCACCUUAUUUUUUAACCAUUAGAUACAAAGACAUGGAUCCCAUGUUUAUUUCUUAAUGUGGGCUUUGUUAUAUUAGUGUCUAGUGACAAGAAAAUAUUGUGAGAAAUCUGUAUAUAUAUAAUGUGUUACUUAUCAAUAAUAGUAUAGAACUAUCUCACUACUUGUGUGACUA